UGGUGGCAACUUCGAUGCCGCUCCGGCCAUAGACCCUCCAUCGCUGCACAUCGGGCCACCGGUGCCGAUGUGGCGGGUGCUAUUGAGGUGCACCAAGCCCCUACCUCUCGCACCAUGGAGCACAGAGUAGCCUAUGCUUCAGCCCAAGGGAGGACAGGUAGUAUCCCAAAGCAGCCGGGUGAACUGUCGACCCAGGAGAAUACCGCCUGCCCCCGGUCGGAUUCGAACCUGGACCUCCCGCGUGCGCCCGGGCAUUAUCCACUGAGCCACGGGGACACGGAGAUAUUGGGAAAGGAGGAUUCAUCAGACCCGCUUCUCCUUUUGCAGUCUGCUGCUGAUUUCCUGAAACGGCCCAUUAUCCUCAUAGGAGAAACUAAUUCUUGGUCCAUCAUCCCACAGGAAUUGGAGGGAAAUGUGGGAAUCCUCCUGUGCUGGGGCAAUCCCAUCAUCCCCGUCGUUUUUGGAUCGGAGCAGCGACCUCAGCUGUAUCACUUGGAUCAAGAUGAUGAACUGCAUACAUUGCACGAACCGAAUCAACUGUACCAACUGUAUCAACGGUAUCAACAGUAUCAAGUAUAUCCACGGGAUCAACUGUAUAAACAUAAUGAUUGGUGCCUACUGAAUCGACUGGAUCAAGACUAUGCACCAUGGAUGACCGUGAAUAGGCUGCCCCCAUUGUACGGGAAUCGCCAAAUCCCUGCCUCUCUGAGAAAAGCUGGGAGAAUAUCAUUCCGCGAAAGUGUGACUGUGGCAUGGGAAAUCCACACCUGUCCCCUCUUAUGGGCCCUGGACAGGCAUUUGGCUGGAUUGCCUCCACUUACUGCUGACGAGCUGGAGGAGCGCAAAGAUCGCCUUCUUGAGUGA